GCGGAGCUUGCUUCUCUAUGGUGCGGCUCCGGCCUUCCCUCCUCCAAGAUGCAGUCCUCCCCCAACAUGCUCACCAAGUUUGAGUCCAAAUCCUCCCGCGCGAAGGGAAUUGCCUUCCACCCCAAGCGGCCAUGGAUCCUCGUAUCCCUUCAUUCGUCCACCAUCCAAUUAUGGGACUACCGCAUGGGAACCCUCAUUGAUCGCUUCGAGGAACACGAUGGCCCCGUCCGCGGCAUUGACUUCCACCCGACACAGCCCCUCUUCGUCUCCGGAGGUGACGACUACAAGAUCAAGGUCUGGAACUACCAGACCCGCCGGUGCAUGUUCACGCUCAACGGCCACCUGGACUACGUGCGCACGGUGUUCUUCCACCAUGAACUGCCCUGGAUUCUCUCCUGCUCAGACGACCAGACCAUCAGAAUAUGGAAUUGGCAGAACCGCUCCCUGAUCUGCACCAUGACCGGCCACAACCACUAUGUGAUGUGCGCACAAUUCCACCCGACCGAAGACCUCAUCGCCUCCGCCUCGCUGGACCAGUCCGUCCGCAUUUGGGACAUCUCCGGACUGCGCAAGAAGCACUCCGCUCCGACGUCGAUCUCCUUCGAGGACCAGAUGGCCCGCGCCAACCCGGGCCAGGCGGACAUGUUCGGAAAUACAGAUGCGGUGGUCAAGUUUGUACUCGAGGGCCACGACCGGGGUGUCAACUGGGUGUCUUUCCACCCCACCCUGCCCCUGAUUGUCUCUGCGGGUGAUGAUCGUCUCAUCAAGCUGUGGAGGAUGAGUGACACCAAGGCGUGGGAAGUCGACACCUGCCGGGGCCAUUUCCAGAAUGCGUCGGCCUGUGUGUUCCACCCUCACCAGGACCUGAUUCUCUCCGUCGGCGAGGACAAGACGAUCCGGUGCUGGGACCUCAACAAGAGAACGUCCGUCCAGUCCUUCAAGCGCGACGUCGACCGCUUCUGGGUGAUUGCUGCCCACCCGGAGAUCAACCUGUUCGCUGCCGGUCAUGACACCGGUGUCAUGGUCUUCAAGCUGGAGCGCGAGCGCCCCGCCUCCGCCGUCUACCAGAACCAGCUCUUCUACAUCACCAAGGAGAAGCACGUCAAGUCGUAUGACUUCGCCAAGAACGUCGAGACCCCUCCGAUGCUGUCCCUGCGCAAGCUGGGCUCUCCGUGGGUGCCGCCCCGAACCCUCUCGUACAACCCCGCGGAGCGUGCCAUCCUGGUCACCUCCCCCACCGACGGUGGUAUCUACGAACUGAUCCACCUCCCGAGAGACGCCACUGGUGCCGUGGAGCCGACCGAUGUGAAGCGCGGCGCGGGCGCGUCUGCUGUCUUCGUGGCGCGCAACCGAUUUGCCGUCUUCAGCCAAGCGAACCAGCAGGUGGACAUCAAGGACCUGAGCAACUCCACCACCAAGUCCAUCAAGCCUCCGGCGGGAACGACCGACAUCUACUUCGGUGGAACCGGCUGCCUGCUCUUCAUCACCCCCACUACCGUCGUGCUGUUCGAUAUUCAGCAGAAGAAGCAAUUGGCGGAGCUGGCGGUCAGCGGUGUCAAGUACGUUGUCUGGUCCAAUGACGGCCUCUACGCCGCUCUGCUCAGCAAGCACAACGUCACCAUUGUGACCAAGACGCUUGAUCAGGUGAGCAGCUUGCACGAGACAAUCCGGAUCAAGAGCGCGGCUUGGGAUGACGCUGGCGUCCUUCUCUACUCCACCUUGAACCAUGUCAAGUACUCCCUUCUCAACGGUGACAAUGGUAUCAUCCGUACUCUCGACCAGACCGUCUAUCUCGUGAAGGUCAAGGGCCGGAGCGUCUACUGCCUCGACCGCAACGCCAAGCCUCGCGUGCUGGAUAUUGAUCCCACCGAGUACCGCUUCAAGCUUGCCCUUGUGAAGAGGAACUACGACGAGAUGCUGCAAAUCAUCAAGACUUCCAGCUUGGUUGGACAAAGCAUCAUCUCGUACCUGCAGAAGAAGGGCUACCCGGAAAUCGCGCUGCAGUUCGUGCAGGACCCUCAGACCCGCUUCGAGCUCGCGCUGGAGUGCGGCAACCUAGAGGUCGCCAUCGAGAUGGCCAGAGAGCUGGAUCGUCCUCAGCUGUGGAGCAGACUCGGCGCGGAGGCUUUGGCCCACGGCAAUCACCAGACGGUCGAGAUGGCCUACCAGAAGCAGAGAAACUUCGACAAGCUUUCCUUCCUCUACCUGUCGACCGGUGACCAGGAGAAGCUGUCAAGAAUGGCCAAGAUUGCUGAACACCGUGGUGAUUUCACCUCUCGUUUCCAGAACGCUCUUUACCGAGGCGAUGUGGAGGACCGGAUUCAGAUGUUCAAGGAAGUCGACCUUUACCCCCUCGCAUAUCUCACCGCCAAGUCGCAUGGCUUGACGGAGGAGGCCGAAUCGAUCCUUGAAGCCUGCGGACUCACCGAGGAUCAGAUCACCGUUCCCACGGGUGACGAGGCGCUGCGGGUGCCGCAACCUAUCGUGCCCACAUUCAAGUCUAACUGGCCUGUCAAGGCUGCCGGUCACUCUUCGUUCGAGAAGGCUCUUCUUGGCGAAGUUGGUGCUGCCGACGAGGACGCUGUGGCGGCCAAGUUCGAGCCCGAGGAAGAGGAUGAGGCUGUUCUUGCAUCCGAAACCCUCGAGGACGAGGAGGAGGAUGUGGCCGGCUGGGAUAUGGGAGACGAGAUCAACGUUGAGGAGGAUGUUGACUUCGUGGAUGUCGGUGGCGCGGAGGCCGGUGCUGCCAGCACCGAGGCUGAUCAGUGGGCUCGCAACUCCCCUCUGGCGGCCGACCAUGUGGCCGCUGGCUCUUUCGAGACUGCCAUGCAGCUGCUGAACCGUCAAGUGGGUGCGGUUAACUUUGCCCCUCUCAAGCCCCGUUUCCUGGAAGUGUACAAGGCCUCCAAGACCUACCUUCCGGCGACUGCCGGUCUGCCUCCUUUGGUGAACUACGUGCGUCGUACCGUCGACGAGACGGAUAGCCGCAAGGUUCUGCCCAUUAUCCCGAGAGACCUGGAGACGAUCGCCAGCGUGGACCUACAGGAGGGUUACGCCGCGAUGAGGGCCAACAAGUUGGAGGAUGGUGUCCAGAUCUUCCGCAACAUCCUGCACUCCGUCCUGAUCAACACCGUUUCAUCCGACGCGGAGGUGGAGCAGGCGAAGAAGAUCAUCGAGACGGCUCGCGAGUACAUUCUGGCGAUGUCCAUUGAACUGGCCCGCCGUGCUAUCCCGACCGACACUCCGGACAACCUCAAGAGAAGCCUUGAGCUCUCCGCCUACUUCACGAUCCCCAAGCUGGAGGUUGCGCACCGCCAACUGGCCCUGAUGGCGGCCAUGAAGUUUGCCUUUGCCAACAAGAAUUACUCAUCGGCCCUCAGCUUCGCCAACCGCAUGCUGCCCAAUGGUGGCUCCGCCAAGCUUCUGGAACAGGCCCGGAAGAUCAAGGCGCAAUGCGAGCGCAGCCCGCAAGACAAGAUCGACAUCGAGUUCGAUCAGUUCGCCGAGUUCGACCUGUGCGCGGCCUCGUACACACCCAUCUACGGCGGCUCGCCGAGCGUGUCGGACCCUUUCACCGGGGCCAAGUACCACGAGCAGUACAAGGGCAGCGUGUGUCGGAUCUCGGAGGUGACGGAGAUCGGGGCGCCGGCCAGCGGGCUGCGGCUGUUCGUGCCGGGGCAGUACUGAGCAUGAUGACGAGAUGUGACGGCUUUCCUUUUCUUUCACGCUUGUAAUUCCCCGUCUCUCGAUGUGCAAACAUGAUAGAAAAUGUAUUUUGCGAGGUGGGCCGAGGUCCGUGGUGGGGUGGCGGUGGUCGUGGUGUCGGGGCCGGAUGUGAUUUUCAUAAUUCUCAGCGACGUUAGGUACAUCUAUUACUUUACUUCUUUUGAUCUUUUGAUCCUUUGAUCGUUUCAUUUAUUUUGAUUACUGCUGCCUGAACUGUACAGAUAAAUAAAAGGUGAGAUGAGACGGUCCUUUGAGAGAG